AAAAAGUCAAGGUCAAGCUCCAUGUUCACGUCACUCGGAGUCAUUAGUUGUUAUGCUCAUAACCGCGUCAGACGUUUUUUGGUUGCAUCUAGAGCGAGGAUGGCGGGUCUGCUGCACAGUGUGACGCUCCCAAGAGUGCCGACAACACAGGAGAAGUGUUACGACCCUCAUGACCCAACGCUUAAGUUUGUCGAUAAGGAGGAUGAUUUGGACUUUUUGUAUGAAGGCUUCAAAUCUCUCAGAGCUCAGAUGUCCUGUGGUCACGCUGUGACCCCGACCUCUCUCACCAACUGGUGUCGCAGGUUGUUGGAGGUGAAAGCAGGUUUGUGUGUGGUGCGUUUGGUUGCAGUGCUGAGUGGACUUUGGCAGAGGUUUGUAAAAUGGCUCUGCUGGACCCUCAAGAAACCGAGUACUUCAGAAAAACCCUGGAAUUCAACGCUGCCAGGCAGAGGCUUAUCACCCGAUUUUGUCCUGGAUGCGGAUCCGCUGUGACGAGAGAGAAUGGAUCAGAUUUGAAUGUCCUCUGUAAAGUGUGCACAUCAGUAAAAGGACAGACCUUUGAAUUCUGCUGGCAGUGUUUGAAGGAGUGGAAAGGUGCACGGCCUCGGAAGGACCGCUGUGGAAAUCGUGGCUGCUGCAACCAGUCACUAAAGACGCUAAAAGAAUGCCCAGAUAUCAUCUUUGAUUCAGUGAAGGGUGUCCACGGGUGUCCCUCUGUACGUGCCUGUCCCACCUGUGGCUUCCUGUUGGAGCACAGCAAGAGGCAUUGUAAAUCUCUUGUUUGUCCUCGUUGCAAGGUGAAGUUCUGCUUUGUGUGCCUGAAGAUCUUCACUGAAUGCACCACAACAAGUGGCAUUUCUGCACCUUGCUCUAGUGGUGUAGCUCCCAGACAGACAUCUAUACCUGUAUGGCAGAAGAAAUAAUAGUAACAACACAAGGCCAUCAAACUUCACUUUGUUUUGGUGUGAAAGUGCCUUGGAGUUGAUGCACUUUAAACUAUUUCAUAAUUAUAUUAAAAAAAUAACUUUUUGCUCCCACAUUCACCUAGCAACUGCCAGAAACCAGUCAACAAUUCCCAGAAUUUCACUCUGACUGGAGAUUGCCAGGUCACUGAACUUAUACUAGGUCUGCAUGGUUAAGCUACUUCCAGUAUCCACUUGUCAACCAGUCAGGAAAUAAACAUGUUUCAUAGAAACCUGCGGUUGGCAUUUAUCUGUAAUAAUAUAUCAUGUAAUAUAAUGCUAAAGAAAUGUUGUAGUUUGUUGAUGAGAAAUUUCCUACCAGAUGUAAACUUUAUAAUUGUAUUAUGCCUGAUUUGUAAAAUCUCAAAAAUACAUUUUAAAUGUGAA